UAUUUCUUUUUCCUUUAUUUUUGUAUAAAAUUAUUUAUUUAUAUAAUUAUUAUUGCAAUUGUUAUUUUUAAAAAGUAAAAAACUAAAUAGCGCGCGCGUAGCGCGCGCCUGUGUUGUUCUAGUUAUAGUAAACAACAAACUUUAUGCAACAGUCGCUUUCUUCUAAAAUUAUUAUCGUCCAGUAAUAAGUAGAAAUAUCUCGUGCAAAUAACAAAAAAAUUAUGGAUAAUAGUAAAUAAAUAAUUAUUGAAAAUACAUAAAUACACUUUUGUUAAAAAAUCUAUAAUCAGGUUCUUUGAAAAACUUCAACUCUAGAAACCGCACAUUUUUAUGUAAAUAAUUGAUUACAAUAUUAAAAUAACUGAUUAUAUGUGAUCUUUCGUGUGUGUUUAUAUUCCACAUCCACAUUAUACAUGUAUAUAAACCUACUUAUAUUGGAAAUGCUGAAGUCGGGGACUAAUUUCAUUAGUUACUUUUCUAUAAAAAUAGAACAAUGAAAGAGCAUCAUUCAAUUUUUCUCUUAUGUCGAUGCCAACUAUGCGACCGCGUGCUUUUGCGCCGCAAGCUCGCAGCGAAAGUAGAAGAGAAAUAUUAUUAUCAAAUAAUGGCGUCGUCAAAGAGAAAAACAAGGGAUCGACCAUCGAAGAAGCGGACAACAGAAAGAAUAUCACAUUCUAAUAUUCGUUCCCGAGUUAAAUUGGAAUGCCGCAAACGCGCAAACACUCCAUUUCGACGACAGCCAUACGGUUCCAUCAGUAUACCUCAAUUGGUCUAUCAACUCCUCACCAUAGAUAAAUAUAAUCAUGAAGCAAAACGUAGAAGCAGAUGUUUUUCGUCUCCGGAACGUUUCAGGACACGCUAUCGAGAAAUGCAGAACUCUCAUGAACGGCAAAGACUUUCAUACAAAAUGGCUAAUCAUCGCGAAGAUUCGGAAUCUAUACAAAUACCUGAAUAUACAACAGAAUCCAGACCCACAUCUAUUGAUAGUUUUAUGGAAGCAACGGAUACUGCAAAUAGCUCGGCGCCGAUAAGUUCUGCGAACAGCAGCGUGUCAAAUGUCUCAGUGGAACCAAUCACCCUUGCAAACUCACUCAACAACGCCAAAGCGCUUUUUAGAAAAAGAUCUUUGGUACAACUCAUUAACAGUUACAUCAAAGCUGGCGUUGAAGAAGGAAAGCGACAGGCUAAAAAGUAUAUUCGCAAAGCACUAUCUUUUGGCGUGAGAUCGGGUUAUUUAAUCCCGACUGAUCAACAAGGUAACGUGCUUCGUGUGUGUCCGACUCUCGAUACACGAUCUUGGAAUUGGAGACGAGCCGAUACUGAAUCUCGCCAAAAACGACGCAACGCACGACGAGAAGGAAAAACGCAUUUGACAACCAUCGCUGAUCGAAAAGCAAUGCGUCGUGGAAUUCUGCAAGAUAAGUGCCUUUAUAAUAUGGAUGAUGUACGGAUGAUUUCAAAAAGAAGAUACAUGAAGCAAACAGCUCAAAGUUCUGCUAGAAAUUUAAUCACGCGGGAGAAUAGUCCAAGAAAAUUGACUGAUAAAUCGUUACGCGAGAGAAAGAAAACAAAAGUUUUUACGAGAAAGAACAGCAAAAUUAACAAUACGAGCAUGAGCAAUAAACGAGAUCAACAAAAAGGAAACAACGAUGAAAACAUCAAAAAACCAGUCAAAAGAAGUUGUACGUCCUUUUCCACAAAACGUUCUGAAAAUGUUCAUGAAUUAGUUAAGGAAAAUUAUAAGGACAUUAGCGGAAGAGAUCGCAAUCAGUUCCAAAUUAAGAAAGAUGGCUGCUACAAAACUAAUAAGGGACGAAGGUCAAUAUCGAGUCAAGAGGACGAAUCCAAGACAGAGAAGCGACAAAUUAAAACAAAUAUAAACAGUGACAGAAUAGAUUGUAACGAGAUAGAAAACAAAUACAAUGAUGAUAGAAAAUCCAAUGAAGACAAUGACAAAGAAUCUGAAAAAGAUAGUGACGAAUGUGACUUGAUCGGCAAAGCGACUAGAGAAAUGGAAUCUUAAAGGAAUGCCUAUCUUGAACGUUACCAUUCUUCAUUCAAAAACAAAUAUCUUCGUAAGCUCUUAAUCUUUUUAUUGUUUGUAAAAUUAUUUAUUACAUCAGAGAGAAACCUGAGAGCGGAUACCGCGGCCUUUUUCAUGCGACCGAUAUUUGACUAGCAUCAACGCCAAACGUGGACAUAAAAUUAUGACCUCAUCCGCUUAUCGACACUGUCAAUGAAGUCUUCUUUUUUGUAUGUGUUCGUGCUACAUAGGAGUCAACGAGAUGAUAUAUUUUUUUGUUACAAAUUAUUACAUGGGACAAAUUCUGACAUAUUUUUUUCUUUUUUCCGGCCAGAUUAGUCUUACCUUUUCUAUUUCUCUCUCUCUCUCUCUCUCUCUCUCUCUCUCUCUCUCUCUCUCUCUCUCUCUCUCUUCUCUCUUUGUAUGACGUACCUGUGUCAGCAUAAUCUCAAGCACAAUAGUACACCAAAUUUGGAAAUAAAAUACAAGUGGAAAUUUGAAUAAUAAAAUACAAGUCCAAAAUUAAAUAUUUUUCAUAAUUUUUUAGAAGUUAUUUUAAGAUAACAAAUUCAUGAAGUUUUUCAGUUAUUUCAAAUAUAGUUCUAUUAAUAUUGAUGAUAUAUCUAAUAUACCUGAUACAUUUGAUGAUAUAUAAAUUUUUCAUAGAUUCGUUAUCUUUGUAAUACAAAUUAAUAUUAAUUUA